AUGUCGGUGAAUGGUGCGGGUUCGGGAGCACCCCAAACGCCAUUGUCGAGUCGCACGACAAGUCGUCCUCCACCAUCUUGGCCGCUUGAGCCGCCAGCGUUCUUCACUGCUCAUCGCGAUCAGGAUCAGCUGCACACCUUGCCUGUUCUUACAGAACACAUACAGCCAGCGUCUCAGCAGUCGUCAUCGACUUCUACGCUUGGUUUGUUUUACUGCUCUCGCAGAUUGGAAGCCUGCAAGGCUUCAACGUUUUAA